AUGAUUAUCGUACAAAUACUUUUCAUUCUAAUAUGGUGUUCUUUAGUGAAUACUCAUUAUGUGCUUUAUUAUUCGAAUGAGCAUAAACUCUCUUAUCCGGCAUUUGACUGUUUGUAUGUACACUAUGAUAUAAGUAGCACGGUGAUAGAUUGGUUGCGUGAUCGGCCAAGUUCUCAGCUAGAUGCUUAUUGUCGACGACCGGAAAACUAUGAAAAAGAAAACACAAUUUCAUAUGAAACUUAUGAGAACAUAGAAAAUAUCAUUUCUUUUUAUGAUUUAAAAGAGCAAGGUGUUACUAGUAAACAAUUAUUGGCAUGGUUUGCACCUAUCGAUAUUGUGGAAAAAUAUGAAAAGAAUGAUAUUACUUCGAAUUUUUUUUAUAAUUGCUCAUCACCAUGGUUUGGCUCUUUUUGUCAAUAUAAAUUUCCUCGUGAUCCGUCGUUAUCAUUUACAAAAAUUGUUCAGCAUACUCUUAUGGAACAAAGUUCUACUGAUAAAAAUGAAACUAUUGGCACAUGUUAUCGAUUUGUGAAUGGUUGUAAUAGUGAAUUAUGGCCAAUGUGUCUAGAUUGGCGUCAAAUUUGUAAUGGAUUAAUUGAUUGUGAUAAUGGUGAAGAUGAACAAUGGUGUGAUCAAUUGGAAAUAACUAAAUGUAAUAAAAAUGAAUAUCGUUGCCACUAUGGUGGUCAAUGUAUUCCGUUAGAAUUUAACAGAGAUUCUCAUCUGAAUAUUGAUUGUCUUGAUGGGAGUGAUGAAGAUGAUUGGAUGAGUUUGCCACCGAGAAUGAACGAUUUUUGUGGUUCUGAAUUUACUUUUGAUUGUCAAGAACAUAUUGGUCGAUAUACUGAAACAAUUCCAUGUGGCGAUGGUCAAUAUUUGAACGGCGUUAUAAUACCAAAUAAAAGAAGUUAUUGUUACAAUAAAAAAGAUAAAUUAUUAGGUCAAACUAUACUUACUUCAAUGAAUCAUAUUGUUAAUAAGAAUUGUCGAAGAGCAUUUUAUUGUAUUCUUCGUCUUCGACAAACAUUUGACAUAAAUGUAUUCCAAUCAACAGUCAAUGUACAGUCUAAUGAAAAUACCCAAGAUUGUGAAUCACUAUCAAAGCAUUGUUCAUCCGAAUGGUUAGUCAUACCGGCACGUCCGAUUUUUCUUGAUUUCUUUCAAUUCGUCUAUUUAACUAAUCGUUCUAUGGAUUUAUUUCAAAACAAUAUAGCGCCUGAUUUCGUAUGUUUUAAUCCUAAAAAAUGUUCCAUAUUGGCAAUGACUGUAGUUCCUAUUGAAAUCAUCAAGAAACUAAUGUGUUGUCACGUUUCAAAUCUAACAAAAAUGAUGGUAAUAGAAGAUUUCUAUGCUGCUGCCAGAAUUUUUUCUUACGCACGUCAACAAUGCUUGACAAUGGGUAAUGAAAAAUCAUGUAAAAAUUCAUCUUAUUUUUAUUGUAAUCAAUCGAUGAAAUGCAUUUCAAAGUAUCGGGUUCAAGAUGGCAAAGUUGAUUGUUUUUAUAGAGAAGAUGAACUAUUUAAUACAUGUCAAUGGAAUGAUUCAAAUCGAUUUCAAUGUUCAUCGGACUCAUCUAAAUGUUUAUCAUUUGUUGCAGUCAAUAACUUUAACGAUGAUUGUCCUUCUGGAGAAGAUGAAGCAUGGCCGAAGAUACAAGAUGUAACUAUAGAAACUCCAUUUCACAAGAUAUGUGAUUUUUUACAGACUGUAUCACUAUCAGAGAAAAAUAACGAAACCGACGAGACCAAUUGUGAUUUAUGGCCUUGCGCAAAUCCAUACACACGUUGCAAUAACAAUUACGAUUGCCUUGACAUUAGCGAUGAGUUCAAUUGUCCUGAUUCUGUGUGUCCUUUCAAUCAAUAUGAAUGUUUCGAUAAAUCCACUGGAUCAGUCUAUUGUUUGUCGAGAAAUAAUCUAUAUGAUAAAUAUCUCGAUCCUUGUCAACGACAAAUGGAAUCUUUGACACGUAAAGUGUAUUUUUACGAUGGAACUUUAAAUAUUAGUGAUAAUUAUUUCUCUUGGAAAAAUGUUCCAUGUCUUACUGUGGAUAAGUUAUGUCCUAUGGGCUAUGACUUUGAAGUAGCAUUAUACAAAGAAGAUGUCUGUCCUAUAUAUACUAAUCCAUAUAUAAGUAUUUACUUUCGAGGAUAUGUUAUAAAUUUUCAAAAUAACAAACAGCUUUGUUACAUGAGAAAGGAGGCAUCUAGUAAAAAGGUUAUGUUUGUAAUUGCUCAACGACUUGGCAAUUAUCCGCCCUUAUCAUCAACAUCUUCUUCUGUCCGAAAUAUCUUAGACGUAAAUGAGAAACAACAGAAUAUACUUACCAUUAAUAAUAAAGAUAUUUUAUAUUGUCAUCGUGGUAUUUUAGUAUUACAUGGUAGAAAUGCAACGAAAAAAUGUUUCUGCCCAUCUACUCAUUUUGGAGAUCGAUGUCAAUGGCAAAAUCAACGUAUCAGUUUAACACUUCAAUUUUCAUGGCUUACUUUUGAAUCGCUUAACAUUGCAUUUCAGAUCAUAAUUUUACUCAUCGAUGGAGAUGGACAUAUUGCACCAUAUUAUGAGAGAUUAACCUAUGGUCCCAGCUAUGAUUGCUUUAAAAAGUACAAUAUCUAUCUUCUUUAUCCACAGCGGCCAAAAUCUCUCUCAAAAAACUAUUCAAUUCAUAUUAAUGUCUAUAGAAAAUCUGAUUUACUGUAUUGGGGAAGUUGGUAUUUAUCAAUACCAUUUGCCUUUUUACCUGUUAAUCGAAUCUCUACUAAAUUGUUGAUUCCUGAAGUGCCAAAUAAUUCCCCUUGUCCAUUAUAUUGUGGUAAGCACGGUAAAUGUAUGCGUUACAUCAAUAAACAUUCGUUAUUUUUCUGCCAUUGCGACAAAGGAUAUUCCGGUAUGUAUUGUAAUAUUUCGCACAAAUGUAACUGUGCAAAUGACUCCAUCUGUCUCGCAUCAUCCAUUUGUGUAUGUCCUUUGUAUAAAUUUGGCGUUCAUUGUUAUAUUAAUCAUCCUAUUUCUCAAUUAACAAUCAAUUCAAGCCAUCACAACAGAUUAUGUAUACCCAAUGAUGACCGUAUCGAUUUAACAACGUAUAACUGUUUAUGUACAUCAGAUUAUUCCGGUAAACAUUGUGAAAAUAGAAAUAAUCGAAUUAGUAUUCACUUAAAUGAGAUAUUUUCCUUUACAAUCUCACGGAUUUUCUUACACUUCGUAAUCAUGCAUGAUAGUGAACAUCAUAUGCGAAUAACAAUAAUAAAAAAAGUUCCUUUUGAUCACCAAAAUUUAACAUUUUAUGCACCACAACCAUUUAAUGUAUUAAUUCUUCAAAUUCCAAAUUCUCAACGUUAUUAUUUAACAGUUCUUCGAGAACAGCAUUCACAUUCCGAAGAUAUUUAUACCGAAAUUCAAUCGAAUUAUUAUUGUCGUCAUAUUAAAGAACUUUUCAAUAGUACAUUUGUGCAAUAUCAAUAUCUGCGACGAGUAAAAUAUUAUCCACUCUUAUGUCGGCAAAAUUCUCAAUUGAAAUGUUUUUAUGAUGAUGAUAAUUUAAUGUGCAUUUGUGACCUGGAUCGUUUUUCUAAUUGUUUUCGAUUCAAUAAUACAAAUAUUGAUUCUUGUUCAGAUCAUAAUCUAUGUCAAAAUGGGGGUCAAUGUUUCGAAAACAAUGAUCGAUGUCCAACAAGAUUAACGUGUAUUUGUCCAGAUUGUUUUUAUGGUGUCAAAUGUCAAUUGUCCACAUCUAGUUUUAUGUUUUCAUUAGAUCCUAUUCUUGGAUAUCAUAUUCAACCAAAUGUUGCAAUUAAUCGACAACCAUCAAUUAUUAGAAUAACAAUUGCAACUAGUAUAGUAUUUUUUAUUGGAGGAUUAGUUAACGGGUGUUUAUCAAUUUUAAUAUUUGUAAGAAAGAAGCCAAGACAAGUUGGAACAGGAAAUUAUCUUUUAUCUUCAUCGAUUGCCGCAAUAUUUAUGUUUUUUAUUUUAACAUAUAAAUUUUGGCAAUUAAUGUUUGAUCAAAUAUUUACAAUAGACAAUCGACGUUUUCUCACAUUGAAUUGCAUUAUCUUAGAUGUAAUACUUAAAAUUCUUCUGGCAACAACUGAAUGGUUAAAUGCAUGUGUAGCUAUUGAACGAGCAAUUAGUGUUAAACAAAGUACUAAUUUUAAUAAAAAUAAAAGUAAACAAAUGUCAAAACGAGUGAUUACAGUGGUGAUUAUUUUGAUAAUUAUUACACAUAUUCAUGAUCCGAUUUAUCGCGAAUUAAUUGACGAUUUGGACAUCGAUCAAAAACGUAUUUGGUGUUUAGUUCAAUACAAUUAUUUCGUUAAUAUUUACAACAUAUUUAUUACAUUAUUUCAUUUUCUUGCCCCUUUUUCAAUUAAUCUUAUUUCUAGUAUUUGGCUAAUUAUAACAUUAGCUCGAACUCGUGCUAAUCUUAAACGUAGUAAAAAAUAUCAAGAACAUAUAAAACAACUGUUAGAACAACAUCGACAUCUUUUAAUUGCACCAUGUUCAUUAAUUUUAUUAAGUUCGCCACGUUUAAUUAUUUCAUUUGUAAGUGGAUGUAUGAGAUCUGAACGUCAACCAUGGAUACAUCUUAUUGGUUAUUAUAUAUCAUUUAUUCCGUCGAUGUCAACGUUCAUUGUUUUUGUAUUACCGUCAGAGAAUUAUAAAAAUGAAUUUCAUGGCGCAAUACAAGAUAUUAUUAAAAGAUUUCCUAGAUUUUUACGACAAAAUUAA